AUGUUGCGUGUCACAGUCAGUCGACGAUUCAAAUCGGUAUCGGACAAAUGGGUCAAACAGAACUUUCAAGAAGACUUGACCCUGGCCUCGACAAAGCCAAAACUAGAAAAUAAUAUUUUCUCCGGGCUUUUCCGAAAAGAAAUACUGGAACCAGAGAAGAAACCCUUCAAGCUUCCGUGGCACAGAAGACUUCCAAAGAAUAGCAAAGCCGGAUAUGAAAUCGAGCAAGCGAUAAAAGAAGUACCGAGUAAUGUAAAGAAGGGAGGAAUCAGUUUUACGACGCUGAGGCUGAAGAAAUAUUUGCGCGCGGUGCAGUCGGCAAUGUUCAGAACAGUUUUAAUUUGCCUUCUUCCGACCAUGUGUGUUUGCUUUGCACACUUGAAUCCGUGGUAUACGAUUGAUGAACAUCUGAUGAGCCAGUCUCGCUGGAAACUUGCCAGAUUAAAGGCGCAUGUGGAAUCUUUAAAAGAAGCUGAGUUGGAGCAAAUAAGCACGAUGAAAGCUCUAUGCGAGGAGAAAAACAUUUCAUUGGACAUCAAAACAACAGCAGAAAAGCUUCGAGAAGAUGGUGCCCAAGCACUAGAAAUCUCCCCGCAAUUUCACCCGAUUAAUAUUGUUACUGGUCAGGAAACACCCGAAGAUAUCGCGGCGAAAACUGGCUUUAAACUUGCUGUUCCAUAA